UGCGGCUCGCCGCCGGCCGCCAGUUGCCCGUCGACUUGUGCCCCGUGCGGUCUUCUCCACGUGCUUUUUUUUUUCUCUCUCUCUCUACCUCUUCUCACCCCCUCUGAUUCCUUUUGGCUCGCGUGUUUGGAAACGCGUACACACGCGUUUCUCCGGCACGGCGACGAAAAGGGGGAAGAGGUCCGCGUUUUAAAUAAAUCGUGCUUCUGAGUGCCGUUUCUGUUCUUUUGGUGAUUCUGGAAACUUUUGGAUAUUGGGUAUUGUUGGAGAAUCGGAUUGUUCCAGGACGAAUGGAAGGUGUUGGCUGGAACGGAACUGUGAUUCGGAGUGAGGAAGUGGAGGUUUUUCGAGAGGAUGAUCUGAUCGGAAGAUCUGGAGGGAAGGUGAAGAUUUUUUUGUGAAGGAGAGAAGUAAGAUUGGAGAACUUGGAUUUUGUGAUUUAAUGGAAAGUUUUUCUCUGGGAAUGAGUACUGCUAGCAAGGUGAUUGAAAUUCUACAAGGUGAUACUUGGAAUCUCGUGUAUGAGGAACUGGAAUUAAUUAUAGUGAGUUAAACUGCUGCCUUUGAGAGGAAGAAUAUGAGAAUUUGAUGUAGAACUGUUCAAUUUCUAUGUUAUUUAAAGACUUUUAAGAACUAAGUAAUCAAGAAGAAAUUAUAUAAAAAUUAAAUAUACGAAGAUUAAUUUAAAAUAUUCCACGAACUUAAAUGUCAUGGUAUUGAACCAUACUUAAUAAAAGGAGUAUAUUUGUAAUCAGUAUCAAAAAAUAUGCACUUAACAUGAAUUUUAAAAUCAGUAUCUAGUAACAAAAUUAAGAUAUACAUGUAUUAUAGCGCAAGCGAGAAGAUAUAUUUGUUAGAAAUAUACGUAAUUUCACAGUAAUGAAAAUAUUUUAAUGAUGGACUUAUUGAUGCACGCAUAAAGCUUUUAAUGUACGCAUGAUUAUAAAACUGGCUGUUACAAAAUAACGGUAUUAUUUAAAUAAUUCAAUUUUAAUGAAACUUUUCCACCAAGAAGCCUCGUUAGAAUUCAUUAAUUCACUUUUAAUGGAGCAAUAAAUAUUCAUAUCGAAUUUUAUAAUCAUAAAACCACUUCAAAGCGAUUCGAUAUCACUAUUAAAAUAUAAUUGGAUAAUAACUAUUAAGAGACAAUUAUAUAUCGAAUAUUAAAAAAAAAAAUAUUACUUGUUAUCAUCUGAUAUUAUGUAAUUCAGAACAUAUCGGGGGAAGGAAUCGUAACAAUCGUCGAAUCAUGAGACGAUAGAUCGUUUAUUGUCACGAAAUUUCGAGAGAGAGAGAGAGAGAGAGAGAUGGAUUCCAACGUAGAGGAAACGGAAUUGGACGUCGGAUCGGCGACCGACGAGCUCGAAUCUUCGAUCGGAGACUCGAAAUUGCAACGGCGACCAACACCGAAACCGUUCACGAUCGAGAGUUUGAUCGGUAAUUGCGGCACACAGAAGGGAAAUUGCGAUUCAGGGAGUCAAGGAGAAAGGGUGAACGAAAACGAAGAGGAUUCUGAUCGAGACAGGGAAUAUCUUUAUCAGAGACAUUACUUGGCGACCGCGGCUGCCAGUGCACUUCCUCCUGGUUUCGGAGUGCCGCUCGGUUUGUACGGUGCAUGGCUACCGAUGCGGAUGUACGGUAGCGGCGGGACUUCCGGUGUCCCAAUGUUACCAGCGCACACCUCCGCCAGUUAUCCGUCUCAUCAGGAUCUUUAUCAGAAUCGGUUGUCGCAACAUCUCGGCCCGAAUCACCUUCAAGGCGCGGCUUAUCCGACCCCUUGUCACCGUGGUUCAAAUAAUCGUGGCUCGACCAGUUUCACGGAUAGCGAGGACGAUGGUAGUAUCGAUUCACCGGCAUCACCCGCUCACGAUCUUUCUAAAUCGAGACACGGUUCGGAAAAUGGUCGCGCCUCGGCGGACAGCGAGGACGAAGGCGGGGGACUAAGCGUGACCGGCGAGGGUCACGACGCGACCGACACCAUGUCCAGCAACGCGUCCAGCAACGUGAGCCCCGGGGGAUCCCUAGAAAACGGCCAAGGCACGUCGACAAGCAACGGAUCAAGCAACAACAACAGCAACAACAACAAGGCGAGACGAAGGCGAACGGCGUUCACCUCUGAACAAUUAUUGGAACUGGAGCGGGAGUUUCACGCGAAGAAAUACCUAAGCCUCACCGAGAGAUCUCACAUCGCCCACGCGUUGAAAUUGUCCGAGGUCCAGGUGAAAAUCUGGUUCCAGAAUCGGAGAGCCAAGUGGAAAAGAGUGAAGGCGGGGUUGAGCGGCGGUGGUGUCGGAUCCGGGGCGAAUAGCUUGGCGACGCCUGGCGUCUCGAACAGGCACAACGGCGCUGCCGGCCAGCAUUCUGGGAACGGUACCAGGAUCGUCGUUCCGAUUCCUGUUCACGUCAGCAGACUAGCGGUCAGAUCUCACCACCAUCACUUGGAGAAGUGUGCCAGGCCGCCGAGAGUCAGGCCAACCGUCGAGAAUCCCGCUUCCAGCUCCUCCUCGUCCGUUCUAGGAGACGCUCUUGGAUUGGUUAAUUCAUCCAUUAAUCUGAACGGCCAGGUACAGGGUCCUUUGAGCAGCGGGGUCGGAAUCGGAGUAGGUGUUGGACUGAGAGCCUUCACGGUUCCAUCUCAUCGCGGUGGACUUAGUUCUUCCGGCAGGUAGUGAAAGCUAAGAAGUGAAUUGUGUCGAUAUUAAUUGGGGAUACGUGAUGAGAAUCGCGUAAGGUUUUUUUUUUUUUUGAUUAUUUACGAGGAUGUUGGAAAGGAAUUAAUGUUGAUAGGAUUAAAUCGUUGAUUUGAAACGAAUGAGCGAAAGGUUGUUGAUGAAUUAUCGCUAUAUCGGGUUUGUGGAGUUGUAUAGUGAUCUGGAUAUUACUAUGAGAGAAUGAAUUACGAGGAAGAAUAUCUUCGAACGAUGGAAAAGUUGAAAAGGAAGAAUAUUGUACAAGUGAUUUAUUAUGUUAAUUUGAAUAACGAAGUUCUUUGGAACCUGUGAUGCCUUCGAUUUCAACGAAGUAUUAUCUCUUCCAUCGUUCUGAUUCUCCCUCGUGAUCCGUCGAAAUUAUUCCAAAAUCGUCCAAUAUUUUCUACCACGAUCGAGAUCAACUUGUAAAUAAGUGUACCCACCACUUGAUGAUUGAAAACGAUGGUAAUGUGUAAAUAGCUUUCGCACAGCGUACUGCCUGGACUGUAUUCUCCCUGGACAGGGGUCGUAAGUCGUACUUGUAGAUAAUUUCCUUACGUUUAAGCGAGUUCUGCUCCAGAACUAGUGGUGGCACGAUAAUAUCGAAUCGAUCGAGCGUGCGAUCAUCGCAGUUGUGGGGCGAAAGUGUAUAUCGAGAAGGCAAUAAAACGUGCGAAUAUCAUGUGAAA